CGCCAUAGUCUGUUCCUGACGUGUUAUUUCCCUCGCCCGCCUAGAUGACACAUGACUAGAUGGCAAUAGCAUAGCCCGUGCACUGCUCCUCCUCUGUUUGGAUACUGCUGCGACACAGUAGGCAGCAUGCAACAAGGCGAGAGCGCCGCCGAGGCCGAGCACAUCAUCGUCGUGGGCGCCGGCCCCGCCGGCCUCGCCGUGUCUCUGGGACUAUACAGAAAAGGGAUUCGUAGCGUAGUGCUGGAGUCGUCGCCGGCGCUGCGGGCGUCCGGGUACGCCAUCACGACGUGGAGGAACGCCUUCCGCGCGCUCGACGCCCUCGGGGUGGGCGACAAGAUCAGGAAGCUCCACCUCCACAUCCAGGGGCUGCGUGUCUUCUCUUCGUCCACAGGAGAGAUUGCGCACGAGCUGGACUUCACGGCGCAGGAGAACGGAGGACCCCAUGAGACCUGCCGCGUGAGGCGUGACCUGCUGCUACGGGCCAUGGAGGAAGAGCUGCCACCAGGCACCAUCCGGUACUCCUCCAAGAUCGUCGCCAUCGACCACGACGUCGGCAGCCACACCAAGGUCCUCCAUCUCGCGGACGGCUCAACUCUCAGGGCAAAGGUACUGAUCGGAUGCGACGGCGUCAACUCCGUGGUGGCGAGAUGGCUAGGGCUCGCGAAGCCGUCCUACUCGGGGCGCCUGGCAACCAGAGGCCUUGCGCGUUACCCUGACGGCGGCCACGGUUUCCAGCCUGAGUUCCUGCAGUUCAUCGGCCAGGGCUUCCGUUUCGGCUUCGUGCCCUGCGACGAAACCGACGUCUACUGGUUCUACACCUGGUGCCCCUCCCAAAACGGUCAGAUAAAUGUUUUAGUGGCAGGGCAUCAUCUGCACUUCAUUCUCAUCUCUCAAUGGAUAGAUUCGAUCGAAAUGUCCAAGCAUUCAUGUGUAGUCGACCUAAGUGCAGACAAGGGUGUCGACGAGAGCGCCGCCACCAUGAAGCAGUACGUGCUGAACAGCCUGAGGAGCUCCAAGGUGCCCGCGGAGGCGCAGGAGGUGGUCGAGAGGAGCGAGGUGAGCGACGCGUCCGCCGCGCGUCUUCAGUUCCGGUCGCCACUCUCGCUCGUCUUCGCGAGCAUCAGCAAGGGGAACGUGUGCGUCGCCGGCGAUGCUCUGCACCCGAUGACGCCGGACCUAGGGCAGGGCGGCUGCUCGGCGCUGGAGGACGGCGUCGUCUUGGCGCGAUGCCUCGGCGAGGCAGUGGUCGCCGAGAGUGAGGCUGGCACGGAGGAGGAGAGGAUUGAGUCGGCUCUGUGCAAGUAUGCCGGGUUAAGGCGGUGGAGGAGCAUAUGCCUUGUCGGGACCGCCUACAUGGUGGGCUUCGUACAGCAGAGUGACGGUGCGAUUGUCAGCUUUCUGCGGGAGAAGGUCCUGGCUGGAGCGCUCGCGAGAAGUCUGCUGAGAAUGGCGGACUACGACUGUGGCACGCUCUGAAGCAUGUUGGGCCUGUGGCUAAUUUGCUGAUCAUAUAUGGGUGUGAUUAUCUGACAAUUAACUUAGUUCUCAGUUAAAUGAUGUUAUCAAAUUUUAGUUGUAACUGAUGAGUAACAUAAAUUAUGAUAUAAAUCGAAUGGUAUAGAACUUAAUUGAGCA